GUACGCAUGAGUGUGUUUUCCCCUCAUCUCCUCUCCUCUCCAGCUCUCCGCUACAGGAAGUACAGUUCACUAGAGGCUAGACAGUCAGCUACAGCUACAGCUACAGCUACAGCUAGUCGAUCGAUCUGUUGAGGAGGCAGGCCGCCAUGGCGAUGCCGCUGCUGAAGGUGUACGCCGACCGCCUCUCGCAGCCGUCCCGCGCCCUCAUCAUCUUCUGCAGGGUGAAUCGGAUCGACUUCGAGGAGGUGACCGUCGAUCUCCUCAAGGCCCAACACCUCAACUCCGAGUUCAAGAAAAUCAACCCAAUGGGACAGGUUCCAGCGAUCGUCGAUGGAAGGUUCAAACUCUUUGAAAGCCAUGCCAUUUUGAGGUAUCUUGCCACGGUCUUCCCUGGGGUUCCAGACCACUGGUGCGCUACUUCUUAGCCUUCCUUUGCAACUUCCUACUAUAUGUGACUGACAAGUACUUCUUUUCAUUCCAACAAUUUGGGUUCCCUCUUCAGUCUGCACUCAUUGCCCUUGAACUAAGCUUCUAUCCACAUGUUUCCAUAACAUAAACUAUGCAGCCACCAUCAGCAUAAUUAAAAUAAGCUUGCAAUCCCGAACCUUUGUAAUCAGUUUCUCUGACUAAACCUGUGCAAUACUGGUCAAUAUAGCAGCUUAGACUGGGGAUAGGGAGUGAUUCAAACAGUUUUGAAUACAUGAGGGGAAUUCGCCAAAAAAGAAAAGAUGACCGCUAGCUGGUUCGUACUUUCAGCGGUCAAGUGAGCUGAACUCAGUUAUUGGGUGGGUUAUGUGGACUUGCCUAACUUCGGAGUUGACGAGUUUUUGAGAUGGUUCUCCAUGCUAUCUUUGUAUUGUGCAUGGAAUGAUCAGUUUUGAGUUGAUGACUUGUCUACAAAUGAAAUGUACAGAUAUAUCAUCCUGUAUCCAUAUAAAUUUGACUUACUCCGGUCAGCUCUUAGCUCAUAAGUUCUGUUACUGGUUUCCCAUCUUGGACUGGAUAUAUGAAUGUUAUAGCCCAUGGAGUUUUCUGACAUACAGAUUGACUGACCAACACUUGACCAGAGUUCAGAUUCCUCUGUUGGUUUUCAUAUAUUGUGUUCUGGUUAGGAUUUAUCACCCAUAGUUAAAAUACGCCCACCUUUUUCAGUUAUUUCUGAGCAGAUGACUUUUGGAGCAGGUCUGUUUCCACAGUAAUUGACUUCUUUUAUUGAACCUCUAGAGCCCAAUGGGUCA